AUGCCUCCCUGGGCGAUGUACCCUAUCAGAAUACAAACUCAAAGGCACAUUUCGCAAUUUUUCGCUGUGGCCGGCACCCUGUUGAACAAGGAUGUGUACAAACCCAAAGACAACCCGUCAGGUGCACAAUGGAGGAGGUUAAAGAUGGUCAUCUCACCCUCAACUUACAAGUUUCCCAAAGAUGAUAUCGCGAUUGUGAUCACGACAGAGCCUUUCCAUUUCAACGCGCUUAUUAAACCAAUCCCCUACGCCACCCGCUACAUCGACUAUAAAGGAGAGUGUCUGGUUUCAGGAUACGGAAGAAUACAUUCAAUAAAGCCGAUAUCCUCUGAAAAGUUGCUGCUUGCACGGUUAGAGUUGCUGCCAACAUAUUGGUGCACCAACCUGCACGGCAGAAAUAUGAGAAGAUUCAUCUGCACUAACACUAAAGUAUCGGAUGUUGCCCAGGGUGAUUCCGGUGGACCUUUAGUGUGUCGUAGUACAGGAGAGAAGCACGAAGACUCUACAUUCGGCAUAUUAGUAGGUAUAGUUAGCGGCACCCGUCUACUUAGGUAUAAGGGCAAAAGCUCAUUUUUCACCCGAGUGUCGUACUUUUCAAAAUACAUCACAAGAGAGAAUGGAGCAGAAGGCUCUACAUUUGUAUACGUUUAUCAUUAUGUCAUUGUCUUGAACACAUUUUAUACUGUAUUUUGA